CUUAUAUUUUGUUGAUUUGCAGUAUUGUUACUUAAAAAGGGUUACCUAAAGUAAGGUCGAAACGUUGUAACAAAUUCAAUAAAAUUUGCCAAUUGGGUUGACAAUAAGCUCACUGUUUUAAUUUUUAAUCAUCACUGGCGGCUAUAAGUGACAUUUUUCCUUUGUUAAUAGUUUUACUUCUAUUUUAUGUGUAUAUGUUAUUAAAUAUACCACAACAGUAGCUUUAAUUUAUUGUCAAUAUUUGUUUGCGUCUUGUAGAAAAAAUAUAUCAAUUGAUUAUUCUGACAUCGAUUGCCACAAUUGCCAAAUUGCUUAAUAUUAAAAAAUUGUAUUAAAUCACCAAAUCCACGACCUUAUCCACGAAUGAAGUUGCCUUGAGAAGUUCGUUGAUUUCCAGCAUUUUGCAACUUCAAGGUUCGUUGUUCCUGCGGCGGCGCGAAACAGGGUGACCUUGCUUGCGAUCGCAACUCGGCGCGAUCAAGGCCCCAGAUUCUCCACUGCAUCCGAGCCUUCUUUGCAGGUUCGUUUCCACGUUGGAUCAUUGGCUACCUAGAUCUUGGACGGUGCAACACGCUUCCGCUGCAAAACACCAAGUUUCACAGUGCGGUGAAUGUGACGCCGGUGGGGCGAAAUUUUGGCUCGUCAUCGGUUCCGCACUUCCAGAGGAGCGAUGUGGUGGCAGUUCUAUUACGUCCUGUUAUACGUGCCAGUGUUGGCAUCGGUUAGGAUGUCCGCCCUCGAUGGGCCCCUUUUGAAGCCCUUUCGUGCCAUUCGAAAUUGGACUUUCGAUGCUUUCGGUAGAACAGGAACGGAGGAACGAUAUCUGCAAAUGGCGAGAGAUGCAAAUAAAGUGCAAACACCCAUUCCCGACUACGUUCCGUUUCCUUGUAAUGUGGCAGACGGUCGGUCGCCAAAAGUGCCAGAGUCGGUUCAUAAGUUAAGACCAGGUGAUAUCGACGUGAUCGCCGCGAUGGGCGAUUCUCUUACGGCUGGAGCCGGAAUUUUUGCCAGCAACGUGUUGCAAGUUAUCAUAGAAAAUAGAGGAGUCACUGCGACUGGCGGAGGCCAAGGCACGUGGAGAGAAUAUCUAACCGUUCCCAAUAUCAUUAAGGAAUUCAACCCCAAUUUGAUAGGAUACGCAUUGGGAGACUCUUUGACGACACACAAGGCAUCGCAAUUGAAUGUUGCCGAAUCCGGUGCCGAGUCCGCGGAUAUGCCUUACAUGGCGGAAAUAUUAAUCAAGAGGAUUAAAAAUAAUCCGAGGAUAAAUUUGCAGAAACAUUGGAAGUUUAUUUCGCUGAUGAUCGGAUCCAAUGACUUUUGCAAUGAAUUGUGUUGGGAUUCGUCUAGGUCAGUUCUUGAAAGUCACAAAGCUGAUCUACUUCAAACUUUGCGGACGCUAAGAGACAAUUUGCCGCGGACUUUCGUGGCACUGAUUCUGCCACCACAUUUAAAAGCCUUGGUCGACAGUCGUAAUGGAAGACCAUCGUUCCAGUGCUUUCUCACAACGGACUUCGAGUGCUCUUGUCUGUUUGGUCUCGUAUAUCGACGUUCUAGAGCCAUGUAUUAUGACAUUAUACGACAGUGGCAGUUGCUAGAGAUGGAAAUCGCCGCUUAUCCAGAAUUUCAAAGAGAUGACUUUGCAGUUGUAGCUCAGCCUCUCCUGAUGAAUUUAAGUCUACCAAUUGCCUCAGACGGAUAUACCGAUAUGUCAUAUUUAAGCAGCGACUGUUUUCACAUUACCCAAAAGACCAACGCUCUUUAUGCAAUCAGUUUAUGGAACAACUUGUUGCAACCAGUAGGCGCCAAAGCGAAGAAGUGGGCCGACCACCUCCGUUGCCCAACGCCAGAGAGGCCCUAUUUUACUACAAUGUUAAAUUCAAAGUAACAAGAUGUUACUACUGAAACUGCCGUUGCGAUUCGAAAGAGAAUUAUUGGCACUUAACAAAAGAGAAAGUAUCGAUAGCUUUAUUGGGUCAUCAAUCAUAGCCAUGCCGCGAGCUUUAAACAGAGUCGCACUGACAAUUAUUUAAGCGUAGAUAAAAUAUUACGAUGCAUUUAUCAACCCUUUAAAGGACAGAAAUGGAAUGCGGACAGAAAAUUAUUGUAUAUCGUGUCAAGUUACAAGUCAAUUAUUCCACGAUGGUGCAAAAGGUUAAGUGAUAUUAAUCCGUCAAAUACUUUACCAUCUGCCACUUCUUAUAGAUUUAAUGUAAAUGUAAACUGUGCUCAAUUUAGUUCAACUUCAUAUAUUUAGGAUUAUAUCGUAAACUGCAAGACACGUGUGAUUGAUGUAAAUGUUAUUUCUGCGAAAUAGCUCAGAGA